CCUCUGUUUUUCUUGAGAAAAUCCCAAUCAAUCUCAAUCUCUAAUUCACAUUCAUUGAUUCUCAUAUCAAUUUUCGACAUGGGUUUUUGAUUAAUUACAUUAACUUUACUUUGAAUUUCAGAAAUCACAUUUCUGUAACUAAUUUUUUUUUAUUUUGAAUGAAAUUUAGGAUUUCAUGAAAUAUUUGGUUCUUGGUUUUCAGCAGGAAUCUUUUAGGUUUUGUUUACCUAGAGAUAGAUGGGAUAAAGAAUUUGUGAUAUUACAAGCUGGAUAGAUUUGAAAAAUUUUGUCAAUUUUUGAGUUUUUCUAGAUUAGAGUUUUGAUUUUGAAGAUGGGUUCUUCAUCUACAUUGAAGAGCAAUGUAGAAGCAGAGAUUUCAUUGAUUGAUUCCUUACCUGUUUAUGUUAAAGAAUUGAUUGCUGGUGGUGCUGCUGGAGCUUUUGCUAAAACCACUAUUGCCCCAUUGGAGCGAAUUAAGAUUCUCUUGCAGACUAGAACAGAAGGGUUUCAUUCAAUUGGUGUGUAUCAAUCUAUGAAGAAGUUAUUGAAGCAUGAGGGUGUCUUUGGAUUCUAUAAAGGAAAUGGUGCUAGUGUUAUUCGGAUUGUACCAUAUGCAGCAUUACAUUUCAUGACAUACGAGCAAUAUCGAUGUUGGAUCUUGAAUAACUGUCCUGCAAUGGGUACAGGUCCUGUUGUUGAUCUUUUAGCCGGUUCUGCAGCUGGUGGAACUGCCGUUUUGUUUACUUAUCCGUUGGAUUUAGCUCGUACCAAGCUUGCAUAUCAGGUUACAAGUCCUAAAGAGAGUAUAAGGCAUGGUUUGCGUACUAUACAUUCUCAGCCGGACUAUUGUGGGUUAAAAGAUGUCUUUAAGAGUGUAUACAGGGAAGGUGGAAUACGUGCGCUGUAUCGAGGUGUAGGUCCUACACUUGUUGGAAUCCUCCCUUAUGCUGGUUUGAAGUUUUACAUAUAUGAGGAACUCAAGAGACGGGUUCCUGAAGAGCACCAGAAUUCGGUUAUGUUGCGUCUAUCUUGUGGGGCGUUAGCUGGGUUGUUUGGACAGACAUUUACAUAUCCACUAGAUGUUGUUAGGAGACAGAUGCAGGUUCAAAGUCUGCAGCAAGGUGGUCCUGGAUACAGGAAUAUGAUCGAAGGAUUUACUACCAUUAUCCGUAAUCAAGGGUGGGGACAACUCUUUGCUGGCUUAAGCAUUAACUAUAUGAAGAUUGUUCCUUCAGUAGCUAUUGGAUUCACAGCGUACGACAUGAUGAAGUCCUGGCUACGAGUUCCACCCCGACAAAAAUCUCGCUCAGUACCCACUGCAUAAUUCCACAGUAUACAACUUUUUCAACUCAAUUCAAUAGUUCCCUUCCAAUACAACAACACAAUUUUGACCUAGGAGUGAACUAAAAGACCCAACUCUUUCUUUCUGCUAGUUUUUCCAGCAAUUAGAAAUCCCUGAUUGUAGCAUCAUAUGAAUCACCCUGUUAGUCUAGAUUCUUUUCUUCUUCCAGAAUGAUGUAAUGUAUGUUGUAGAUCAAGUUAAUCCCACAAAAUGAAAGUUCAAUUUUAGAAGCAAAUCAAGCAAUGUCAUCUCAAUUAUCUCAUAUGGACAGCCAGGUUGAACACCAUUCACUUCAAAUUCUGAGUUGCUGAGUUAGUGUCCACAUCUAGUACAGUUGAAUGCUUAAUGGGUAGUUGCAAAUUCACUGCACUGUGAAAAAAUGAAGUAGAAGCACAAUAGAAUAUGGUACAAAUUUGAGUCCAUCCAAAAGUUGCAGAUUCUGAUAAUCCUCAUUGUCAUAAACAUAUACUUAGAACAGAGUAAUGUAGGAAAGCUGGAGAAAAGCAAAAGAACUCUACAAAAUUGAUGAAAUUACAAAUGAAAGUAGCCAGAAUCGCAUUGAAGUACCCUUAAAAUGAAUAUGAAGAUAUGGUAGAGAGAAAAUUACAGUAAUUGUUAAAACUAGUCUGUUUCUGUCUUUUGAUUUUGAGUUUUCUCAAGGAUUAAAGAAAGUAGUUCCACAUUUGCAUUUCCAUCCUUCUGGUUCAUAAUUUGCAUACUGAAUGCCAACUCUAUCAGUUGUUGUUGGAACUUGUAUUGCUUCACAUGGUACACAUCCUCCACAUUUAUGCUCACAGCUUGGUGGUCUAGAUCCAAGUGUACUCAACAUUUUAUAUUCUCCUUCACUCCCACCCAUACCCUGAAGAAAUUCCUGAAAUCACCAUUAAUCAAUUGAAUGAAAUGAAUCAAACCCAUUUCAGAAAAGAUUGAGAAGUACCUGUUGCGAGCUGCUUAAAGGUGCUGGUGAAAUAGAUUCAAAGUUUUGUCCUGCUGCAUUUCGUCAAGCAUAUGACAAAUUAGCAUCACAAAAAGUGAAAAGUUGCAG